AAAUAGAGCUUUUUACUUUCGAUCUGUUUUUUGUUCUCAGGAAUUCCGAUCGCACCGAAGUGAUUUUCAAGGGUUUGAAAAAGUUCGAUUGUACAUAGGAAAUCCUACGCCGUUGAAGACGAUGUUCGGUCUGCCGUGUAGAUAUGAGUCCUGCAGCAACGAUCAACUGCAGAGAUGGGGAAGCAGACGAGUUUGUUCGCCCGUUAGUGAGUUUGUUCUCUUCUUCCCGUUGGGGAAUCCGAUGAAUCUUGUGCCUCGGUGAAACUACGCGGACGUCCCUCUCGGGUAGCCUCCACCGGAUACCUCCUCGCAACUCCAUGAGGGCAUAUAAGGUGUGAUGCUGCGUCGAACCAGCAUCAGUACCAAACACGGGACACGGGCGAACGCGCACGCAGAUAUCACUGCAGCUUUGAAUUUCAAAGAAACAUGAAAUUCAUAUGGAUAUACAUAUUGUCUUGCGCGGUGGUCAUCGUGACUUCCGCGCCAACACCCGGAGAAGAGCCGUCCAAUUCGAAGGCCGCCGAUGAGAAACCGGAAGAAGAAACGCGUCGGGAAACACUCGAAGAUAUCGUCGACCUUGGAAACGAAGAAACUGACCUACCGAUACUACCGCCGAUUAUACUGAUCGAUUUUACCAACGGCACGAACUUGACCAGCGAAGAAAAAUCCAAGCGCACCAUCAACGGAAAUCUGGGUUACGGUUUUCAGGGAAACAAUCUAUUCACCGGCAAGUACAACUACUAUUUUCCAGCUGGAAAAACCGGAACUACGGUCAGCAUCGAGGAAUCGAUAAGUCCAUUUUUACCCACGACGAUAAUCGAAAAGAUUCCUCCUUCUCCGAAUAAUAAUAAAUUCUACGUAAACGGGAACGCUAACUCGUACCCCGGCUCCGUUCAGAACAAUUUAUUCGCCGGUGGUUCGAACGGACAGUCCCAAUCUCAGAUAAGAUUGAACAACGCUCCGUCUUCGGCUUACGGACAACGAACCAAACUCCAGAAGACACCGGGCGACGGCUCGCGACCGUACACGAGUUUUUCCGUAACCCCGAAGCCGAAUUAUACUGGAUACUCGACACCAAAACCUACAGACUUUCGUUCAAACCAGUUCGCUUCUUCGGGAUUGAGUCUUGGCAGCUACGCUAACCCGGUUUCUAACUAUCAGAGCUUCACCACGGCAAGACCUAUUUACAACUCACCUGUUCAGGUACGCUAUCAACCGGGAACGAACGUCAAGACGUACUUUGGAACACCGGGGAAGGGAUACGAAGGAUUUGCCACCACCAGAGCCCCUCCCGCUCACAAUCCGACGUCGCCGGGAUCGGAACUCGGAAGGUACGACAAUCAGAGACCUGGACUCGAGGGCUACUCGAAUCCAAAGGAAAGUCGAACUACGGUAUUGUCCGCUUUGCAAGGAAACACACCUAAGUACAGUUACGAAGACGGGAUAAAAUACGAGCAUAAAAUCGUUUGGAAAUAUCCCGACGGUGUAGUUUCGGAAGUGGGACCGAAUUCUUACGACAGUUCCUACCAGGAGUUCACCUCGCCGACGAAAGCGAGCCUUCAGACGUCGAAUGCAGGCUCCGCAGGUGCGAAUAAUUUCCCGAAAACGCUGAACAGCGGUUACUCGGUGAACGCCGGAAGUAUUUAUUCCCAGAGACCGGCCACUUUCCCGGACGACGGCGCUUCGGUUAACGCCGAAUCAAAAGCCAAUCAGUUCGUCUCAUCCGCAUCGAUUUCGAACGGUGGAAAUUAUUUUUCUGGAUCGGGAUCUCAGGGCGUGCCACCUUCGCAAAAGUACAGUUUCCAAGUAGCCAGCUACUCAGGGAACGGCGACGUACGCUCCGGCAAACCUCAAAACGGUCAAUUGCAGGCGUCUUCCGUCUCCUACAAAGCCAAUCCAAGCGAUCAAACCUCAAAAUAUCUUCCUUCGCCGGUCGUUGAGGACCCGAAAAUCGUUUCCAACUAUCCCGUCGACAGCCCAGAGCCGGAAUAUCCUCCUCUUGACGGUUACUCGACGGCAGAAGCUUACGACAGAGCUCAAAGUUCGCGCACGAACUCUUACGCUUACACCCAAAGUUCAUCGAUUCCAAGCGGUUACGGUCAAACUUCAGCGUCGAGUUCGAACUCCGGUAAUUCGGGGGGUGGAAAAAUUUCCCCUGAAAUGUUGACCAAGUACACGCCUCAAGUGCAACAGUACCUGAAGAAAGCUCUCGGACUCGAUGGUGGCGUUCAACGGCAGGAAUAUCAACCGUCGAACCUACAGGAUUACUCGAACAUACGAUAUUCUAAUCUCCUCGAUUACAAUCCCUCGAUUUCUCAGUACAUCAGAAAUCCUUCGUCGAUACUGAAUGCCCGACCGACGUUUGUCCAGGCCGGGAAUUCCCUUAUUCCCGUUAUCAUUUUAAGGGUCGACGGCGUCGCUCCGAUUCAGCCGAAGGUCACGCCCAACAUAAACCUGAAGGCUCUGUUGCAAAGAUACCUUACACAGUACGCUCGGACGGUCAAUAACCUGUCUCACGGUGGAAAUUUCGAGCAGAGUUACGCGCCACCGAAAGGUCAAAGUGAUCCGAAUUCCGAACACCUCGAUUUUGAUCUGGCCCAACUCACCCAGAGUUUGAGUCAGCUCAGACGGGUUCCGAAUUUCAAACAGAACUUUGCCCAGAAUUUUGCUCAGAGUGUCGCCCAGUCCGCUCAGGGUUAUCAGUCUGCUUCUUAUUCGGGUCAGAGCGAUUACGGGGAUUACAAAAAUCAGGAAUUCGGUAGCCGAGAUUUGGCAUACCCCACCUUGGUGUCUCGGGAUGCUAAGAAACCGAAAGUGAAGAACGUCGAGAUAAUCGAUGACCCGCGAUUUACCACCUACAAAGUGAAAAAUUGAUUACGAGUAAGCACUCGACUGGGAAAAAAGUCACGUCUGAUUGAGCGAGAAUUUUCUAAUUCAACUGUAUAAAUAACUAUGUAUGUAUGUACGCACGUAUGGAAGCUUACAACCGAGAAUGCGUAUGUCCACUUCCGGAUGUUCUUUAUUUUACGUUAUUUUUUUUUAAUUUUUUUUCCAACAAUCUUUCAAAUCGUCACUACAGGCGUUAUAAUAAUGCGGAAUUUUUCAAUCACCGGCGCUCCGCAAACUUUCCAUUAAAAUAAUUUCUGUAACACACGCUCAGAAGUUUCAUUACUGCGAUGCGAUGUUGUCUCGUCACGUUGUUACGACCGACGAAGAAAGUAAGCCGUCAUAUCGUUUUUAUUUCGACGUCGUUCCGCUUUAUUUUAAAGCGGCAAUUUUCGGGUCCGAGUAAAAUCGUAAAAUUGCCGUGAUUCUUCAUUUUGUCUAGGGCCGUCGUAACAUUUUAUGUAACAUCCAUUACUGGCGAUGAGCCAUCAGGAAGGUUUUCGAAGUGCCAUUCGAAGUUGACGAUCGAUGUCAAAUAUCCUUGAAUUUUAAAGACUAAGAAUAAACUAGUGAAUAUUUAAUGAGGGAAACGUGCAAUAUCUGUAUUAAAUUUCAAUUGUUAUUCACGUCGAUGAGGGUAAUCAUUCAUUUGGUUAAUACGGUGUAAUCGUGGAAAAGACAAAAAACAA